AUGCCACCUUUAGCCCGCUCUCUUCUCCCGCCCUCACCCAUCCUGCAGCAGAGGAAGCCUGCUGUCCACUCAGGUGUGGAGAUCAAGAGCGUAGGGGCGUGGCCAGGGCCCCGACCGCUGACCAAUGGGGUUGGAGAAAGGCCACCUAAGUCCCUCCCUCUCGGCCUCUACUGCCUGUACAGAGGCCUUGUGAUUGGUGGCUACAGCAGCGGCAUAAAGAGGCUCCUCCCACAGCCUUUACGGAGGGACUCCUACACAAUGCCCCUCACCUCCAUCCAGUGCUGGCAUGUCCACUGUGAAGAGUGCUGGCUCAGGACUCUGGGCAACAAGAAGCUGUGUCCGCAGUGCAACACCAUCACCUCACCCGGAGACUUGAGGCGUGUCUAUUUGUAA